AUGGCUUCGUCAAGUAAGCAGCCCAAAGGGAAAGAAAAGAUAAAGGCACCUGAGCAAACACCAUCAGUAAAUUGGCUUGCACUUCAGAAGGCAUGUAUCAAAAACACUAAAACGACGUCAAAACCACCUCCAAGGAAGCGGAGAAAGCUCGAGAGCACUCGAAGUGAUGCAGGCAGUGAAGCAGGCAGCAGCGUUCGGGAUGAUGUUUCGAGUACUGGUUUUCCGAGAGGUCGUGAUACUCAAUCCUUGCAAUUGUCGGCCGGUGCUAGCACCAGCAAGACAGUUAUCUCAAAUUCAAGAGAGUCAUUAGAACAUCUACGGAAUAUGGUUCUAGGACAGCUUGAAUAUACCGAGGAGCAGAAACAGCCAGGGAAAUAUCUCGCCAUCGAUUGCGAAAUGGUCGGUGUUGGACCUGAAGGCUCCGAAUCCUCCCUCGCACGUGUCAGUUUGGUGAACUACCACGGAGCAAUCAUCUUGGACGAAUUCGUGCGACAAAGAGAACGUGUUGUCGAUUACCGAACGCAUGUAAGCGGAGUUCGUGCUGAAGACAUGAUCAAUGGCACGCCAAUUCCCAUAUCAUUCCAAGAAAUACAAAAACGAGUAGCCUCGUUACUCAAAGACCGAAUCCUCGUCGGGCACGCAAUAAACAACGACCUAAAAGCUCUUCUCCUCUCACACCCUCGACCUCUCAUCCGCGAUACGCAGUUGUACGCGGGGAAGGCACGACUACUCAAGUCCAAGUACCCUGCUCUGCGAAAGCUGACGCAGCAAGAAUUGGGAGUUACUAUCCAAGCUGGAGAACAUUCUAGUGUGACAGAUGCUCGAGCGACGAUGGCUUUGUACAGACUACAUCGGAAGGAAUGGGACAAGAACUUCCGACCUGUCGCUAAUAUUACAUCAUCUAAAUCCCUAGGAAAACGGAAGGUACACGCCGAAGACGAUGACGACGAUGACGAACAAGCAGAUGCAAAUACAGAGUCCUCCCCGACAUCUUCAAGUAAAUCUAAGAAAUCUCGGAAAAACGCAAAACCAGAAACUUUCCCAGGCGGUGGACGACGCGGUAUUAGCUCUGGUCUCUCAACAGUAGUUAAGGUCACUGGCGGUGUGAACAUCAAGAAACAAAAAAGGAAAGGGGAGAUAUUCGCCAGGGUUAAAACAUCCGAGAGUAAAGGGACUAAGGAUAAUUGGUGGACAACAUUAGACGGUGUCGCUUCUUCGUCGGAACGGGGGAAAGAUUUCAAGGAUAGUAUGAGGAUUUUGUGA